CACACUACAUAAUCAUGUUGAAGCUAAGUCACUGAACAACAACGAAGAAAGAAGAAGAAGAAGAUGGAAAGCCCUCUCCUCCUGAUUGUCUCACUAAUCUUACUCCGUUUCUUUUCCUCUGCUCUCUCAUCUUCGGUGGUCACCCAUUUGCCUGGAUUCCAAGGCCCCCUACCUUUCUACUUAGAGACAGGGUACGUGGAGGUGGACGAGGAGCACGGCGGAGAGUUUUUCUACUACUUAACCGAGUCGGAGAACAAGCCGACAGAGGAUCCUCUGCUCCUCUGGCUGACCGGCGGCCCUAGGUGCUCUGCCUUCUGCGGCUUGGUCUUCCAGAUCGGCCCCCUGAAAUUUGUGACAACCGAGUACAAUGGGAGCUUGCCAAGCUUGGUGUACAAUCCCUAUUCCUGGACCAAGGUAGCCAACAUUAUAUUUUUAGAUUCCCCAUUGGGUUCUGGAUUCUCAUACUCAAGAAAAUAUGAAGGGUAUGAUGCCAACGAUACGAUUUGGUCCGAACAGGCUUCUAAGUUUCUUUUACAGUGGCUUGUUGAGCACCCACAGUUCAUCUCCAAUCCCCUCUACAUUGCUGGGGAUUCAUAUGCUGGGAAAAUUGUACCUAUGGUGGCCAAAAGAAUAUUGGAUGGUAUUGAUGAAGGGAAAGAACCACUACUUAACCUCCAGGGUUACUUGAUUGGCAACCCAUUCAUAGGUGAAAAAGUCGAUGAGAAUUCUAAAAUACCUUAUGCUCACGGCAUGGGGAUAAUAUCAGAUGACUUCUUUGAGAUGAUACAAAAAAGUUGCAGCGGGCAAGACUAUCGGAAUCCCACCACUUCAAAAUGCCAGAUACAUCUUAACUCAUUUAGAAAUUUAUUCGUAUCGGAAAUUAAUGAUGAACACAUUUUAGAAAUGUAUUGUCCUGAGUGUCGAUUGAAACCACUACCUAGUCUUGCGAGCACAACUUCUGGUAAACGAAUUUUGAAGGAGAAUCAAAACAUUCUUCACCCUCCACCAUUUCCCGAUCCGGGUUGUCGAUGUUAUGUCUAUACUCUGGCUUACUAUUGGGCUAACAAUAACAUGGUAAGGAAGGCACUCAAUAUCAAACAGGAGACGAUUAAAGAAUGGAUAAGGUGUAAUCGUCACUUAUCAUACCCGAUAGAACCCAAGAGUAAUAUCAAGUAUCAUCUCAGCCUUUUACAAAGAGGAUACCGUGCUUUGGUUUAUAGUGGUGAUCAUGAUCUGAUGGUACCCUUCUCGGGGACAAUACAAUGGGUAAAAUCCUUGAAUUCUUCUAUUGUGGAAGACUGGAGAUCUUGGCAUGUUGGUGGUCAAGUUGCUGGGUAUACCAUAACAUAUUCCAAUAAUUUGACAUUUGCAACUGUGAAGAGUGCUGGACACACAGCUCCGGAGUACAAAUCACAAGAAUGUCUAGUUAUGAUCAUGAGGUGGAUUUCUGGUGCACUACUAUGACGUAUUUUUUUUCUCUUCAUCGUGGAGUUUUAUCUUAAUAUAAAAAGAUCAAGAAAAACAUUAUUAAUGCUUUUUCACUCAAUUAUCAUGGUGAUUGUUAUUUUAUAUUACUUUCCCGCAAUUGGAGUCUUAGCUACUUUCCGAAUGAAAGAUGAGUUCAAAUUGCUAAAGUUUAAACAUUUUGUUGGUUCAAAUGGUGUAAAAAUUGAAUCUUUAAAUUUCUGUGAAUAUAAAUUAAGAAAUAACUUGGUUGA